GGUGUGUCGCCGCCCGGCGUCGCCGCCCGCGCUGCCCCGCGGUGCCUGUGCCUGCGGCCGCGCCCAGCCCGCACGCUGCUGUGCGCCCGCGCGGGGCUGCUGGCGGUGCCGCCCAGCCUGGACCGCGCCGCCGUGGAGCUGCGCCUGGCCGACAACUUCGCCGGCGCCGUGGGCCGCGCCGACUUCGCCAACAUGAGCAGCCUGGUGCACCUGACGCUGUCGCGAACGGGCUCCCGCCCUCGCCCCGGCGCCUUCGCCGACCUGCGAGGCGCUGCGGGCGCUGCACCUGGACGGAACCGGCUGCCGGCGCUGAGGCCGCAGCUGCGCGGGCUGGCCAGCCUGCGCCACCUCAUCCUGGCCAACAACCAGCUGGCCGCCAGCACGCCGCCGCUGCGCGCCGCCGCCGCCACCGUGGAGGACCUGGACCUGUCGCACAACAACCUGCCCGCGCUGCCCUGGGACGCCGUGGCCGCCAUGGGCAGCCUGGCCACGCUGACGCUGGACCACAACCUGCUGGAGCGGGUGCCGGCCGGAGCCGUGGCGAGGCUGCCGCGCCUGGCCCGGCUGGACCUCACCGCGAACCGGCUGCGGGCGCUGCCGCCGGUGCCGGGCCGCCCGGGGCCGUCGCUGGCGGCGGGGGAACCCCUGCACUGCAACUGCGAGCUGCUGUGGCUGCGCGGCGUGGCCCAGCCGGGCCGCCUGGAGACCUGCGCCACGCCGGCGCCGCUGGCCGGGCGGCGCUGCUGGGCGCCGUGCCCGAGGAGGAGCUGACGUGCGGGCGCCCUCGGUCACGGCCGCGGCGCGCACCCGCCAGCGGUCACCGAGGGGCAGCCGCUGCGCCUAGGCUGCGCCGCCGUCGGGGACCCGCCGCCGCUGCACUGGCUGGGCCCGACGGGCGCGUGGUGCAGAAACGGCUCCCGGCGCUGUGGCGCCGACGGCUCCCUGGAGCUCAGCGUGGCCACGCUCCGCGACCACGGCGGCUUCACCUGCGUGGCCGCCAACGCCCGGGCGCAGGCGGCGGCUGUCGAGGUGGUGGUGGUGCCGCUGCCGGUGCCGCGGGACGGGCGCGGGACGGGGACGGGGACGGCGGCGCCGCGGCGGGGGCCCGGCCCCUCGGAUAUAGCCCAGGCGGGCGGCAAUGACACCUGGGGGCCCCGGGGAGCGCAGCGGGUGGUGGCCGCCGAGGUGACGGCGUCCUCGGCGCGGAUCCGGUGGCUGCCGCGCGCGCCACGUGCCGGCGUGCGCAUGGUGCAGAUCCAGUACAACAGCUCGGCCGACGACAGCCUGGUCUACAGGCUGCUGCCCCCCUCGAGCCGCACCUUCGUGCUGCGGGAUUUGAUCCCCGGCCGCCAGUACGAGCUGUGCGUGUCGGCGCUGCGCGUCCUCGGGGACCCCCCCGCCGCCCCCCGCCCGCUCGGCUGCGUCUCCUUCGCCACGGCCGCGGCCCCCCCGGGCUGCUCCGCGCCGCCCCGGCCCCAUUUCCUGGGGGGCACCGUCAUCAUCGUCAUCGGCGCCGCCAUCGCCGCCUCCGUGCUCGUCUUCAUCCUCAUCCUCACGGCGCGCUGGAAGGCGGCGGCGCGGCGGGGCGCGGCGCCCCCGCCCACCCUCACCAGCGUCUGCUCGCAGACCAACGGCGGCCCCCGGCCCGCCGAGACCCCCGAGCUGCCCGCGCUGCCGCCGCUGCCCCCGGCGGCGGGCGGGGGUCCCGGGGGGGCGCGGGCGUUGUUCCCCAGCCACAGCUACCCCCGGCGGGCGCGGCCGCGGCGCCACGGGUCCCUGCCCAGGCUGGACGGGCCCGAGGGGAGCCCCCUGGGACCCCCCCUGCGCCCCUCCUUCGGCAGCACCCACUGGAUGCUGGAGAGCACCGUCUGAGGGGGG